AUGGCUCUUCGAUUACUAUUGUCAAAUCGUAUAAUAAUCCCUCAACGUGCAGUAUUCACACGUUUUUGUCGUUAUUAUACUCCUCUUACUUUCGAUUAUCGGUCGAACACUACUUUACCACAUGUGCUCAAUUCUUCCAUCUACUGCCCGUCAUUGAAAAUCAAUGCAAAAUUAUUGUCAGUAAAUCAUACACAUCUUUUAACAUUUCAAUCCGCUUCGUUAUCGUCAUCGUCAUCCGAUAGUAACGCACCAUCAAGUCCAUCGGAUGGUAACUCGUCAUCAUCAUCAUCAUCAUUUUCAUCUUCCAAUGAUGGCAAGAGUCGGGAUGACGAUGGUGAUGGAGGAAAUGAGCAAGGAGAUGCUACUGUACCUGUUGUUAUUCAACCAGGAAAUCCUUUGAUGCCUGUUGAAGUUCCUGAGAAUUAUCCUAUUGUUCCUUUGAUACCUGUGACGCGUCAUCCUUUAUUUCCGAAAUUCAUCAAAAUGCUUGAAAUUACAAAUAAAGACUUGAUGGAUUUGAUUCGACGAAAAGUGAAAUUGAAUCAACCUUAUGCUGGAAUCUUUUUACGAAAAGAAACACCCGAAACAACAACUACCACUGCUACUACUGGCGAAAAACCACCAGCAGAGUCGCCAAAAGAGAAGGAAAAAGAAAAAGAGAAAAAUGCGAACAUAGUGUCAUCGGAUGUCAUUAAAAAUCUUGAUGAAGUUUAUAAAAUUGGUUCAUUUGUACAAAUACAUGAAGUACAUGAUAUGGGCGAUCGAUUACGUAUGAUUGUCAUGGCUCAUCGACGAAUUAAAAUUGUCGGUCUCGUGUCUGACGAAAUCGCCGUAGAAGACGUCGAUCGUCGUCGUCCACCACCGACGCCAACAAAAUCCAAUGGAAAUCGAAGACGACAAAGACGAAAGGAUGAUCCAGUCGUUGCUGCUGAAGAACCGAUUUCAGAGCCUACUUCACCAUCAGUUAGUGAGGAACCUAUCGUUGUGAAUAAAAUUCUAUUGGUCAAUACUGAAAAUGUCAAACACGAUGAAUAUACGCAAACGCCAGAAUUGAAAGCAUUGACUGCAGAAUUAGUGAAAACUAUUCGAGAUAUUGUCGCUUUGAAUCCAUUCUAUAGAGAAUCCAUAGCUGCACUUAUACAUAGUGGUCAGCGUGCUGAUCAUCCUGUUUAUUUAAGCGAUUUGGGUGCAGCUCUGACAAGUGCUGAAGGUGCUGAACAACAAGCUGUCAUGGAAGAAAUGAAUAUUCCAAAUCGAUUAAUGUUAACAUUGAAUCUAUUGAAAAAAGAAUUGGAAAUGAGUCGUCUUCAACAAAAGAUCGGCAAAGAAGUGGAAGAGAAAGUGAAUAAACAACAUCGAAAAUUUAUGUUAAUGGAACAACUACGUGUGAUUAAAAAAGAAUUAGGCUUGGAAAAAGAUGAUAAAGAGGCAAUGAAUGAUAAAUUUCGUACAAGAUUGAAAGAUCUUGUCAUCCCACCUAAUGUUAAAACGGUUAUUGAUGAAGAAUUGGAACGAUUAAACGUUCUGGAAAAGCAUUCAGCUGAAUUCAAUAUUUGCACCAAUUAUUUGGAUUGGUUAACAAGUCUUCCAUGGGGAAAGAUAAGCGAAGAAAAAACUGAUCUUCAUCAUGCACAAGAAGUGCUCGAUGAAGAUCAUCAUGGAAUGGAAGAUAUCAAGAAACGAAUUCUUGAAUUCAUUGCAGUUAGUCAUUUGAAAAAAUCGACUCAUGGAAAAAUUCUCUGUUUUCACGGACCACCAGGUGUUGGAAAGACUAGUGUUGCAAAAUCGAUUGCACGAGCAUUGAAUCGAGAAUAUUUUCGGUUCAGUGUCGGAGGUAUGCAUGAUACGGCUGAAAUUAAAGGUCAUCGUCGAACUUAUGUCGGAGCCAUGCCUGGUAAAAUGAUUCAAUGUUUAAAGAAAACGAAGACAGAAAAUCCAUUGGUAUUGAUUGAUGAAAUUGAUAAAAUCGGUCGUGGUGGUUUUCAUGGUGAUCCAUCUGCUGCACUUCUCGAAAUGCUUGAUCCAGAACAAAAUGCCAAUUUUCUUGAUCAUUAUCUCGAUGUUCCAGUUGAUCUUUCAAAAGUACUAUUUAUAUGCACCGCUAAUGUACUGGAUACGAUUCCUGACCCGUUAAGAGAUCGUAUGGAACUUAUUGAAGUAUCUGGAUAUGUAGCUGAAGAAAAGCUAGCUAUUGCAAAAAAUUACUUGAUUCCAUUAGCUAUUAAACAAACCGCUGUGAAGGAAAAUAAUAUAGAAAUAUCCGAUAGCGCUUUGAUGCGAUUGAUCAAAGCGUAUUGCCGCGAAAGCGGUGUUCGUAAUUUACAAAAGCAUAUCGAAAAGAUUUUUCGAAAAGUUGCGUUUAAAAUCGUGAAAGAAGGUGAGAAUAAAGUCGUUGUCGACGAAAGCAAUCUUCAAGAAUUUGUUGGUAAACCCGUGUAUACAUCCGAUCGAAUGUAUGAAUUAACCCCACCUGGCGUUUCGAUGGGUUUAGCAUGGACAGCAAGUGGUGGUAGUGUUCUUUUCAUUGAAUCACGUUUAAUCAAUCCAACCGAAGCAUUUGGAACAUCUGAUGCAUCAAGUAAAGACGAUAAGAGCAGUGGACUAGCCGGUAGUCUAACAUUGACUGGUAAACUGGGCGAUGUGAUGCAAGAAAGUUGUAAGAUUGCUUUAACUUAUGCUAAAUCAUUUCUACAACAAAUCGAUCCAAAAAAUCGAUCAUUACGCAUCGGUCACAUUCAUGUGCAUGUACCUGAAGGCGCAACACCUAAAGAUGGUCCAUCAGCUGGUUGUACCAUUGUCACAGCACUUCUGUCACUUGCUCUGAAUAAACCAAUAAAACAAAAUGUUGCAAUGACUGGCGAAGUAUCAUUAACUGGCCGAGUGUUACCUGUCGGUGGUAUCAAAGAAAAAGUCAUCGCUGCAAAACGAGCGAAUGUUCAUACAGUGAUUUUACCACAUGAAAAUCAAAAAGAUUACAAUGAUUUACAGGAUUUUAUCAAAGAUGGUCUCACAAUUCAUUUCGCGAAAACAUAUGAUGAUGUUUACAAGAUCGUAUUCGAAGAUUAA